GUCGCCGAUUGACUUCGGUUCAAGCAAGUUUCUUGUUCCUUUUUUUUUGCAGAAUAACAUCAUAAAAAUGUUCAAGAUUAUAACUUUAGCAUCUUGUUUGGCAAUCAUCUGUUCGGCCAGCCAGGACCACUCGGACGACUGGGGCUGGAAUGGCAAGUAUAAAUUCGAGUAUGGUGUUAAGGAUCCCCACACCGGUGAUCACAAGAGCCAGUGGGAAGUCAGCGAUGGACAUGGCGGUCUCAAGGGUGGCUACACUCUGGAUGAAGCCGAUGGCACCAAGCGCUACGUUCAGUACAAGGCUGAUAAAUGGCACGGUUUCCAGGCGAUUGUGAAACGCAUAGGUCAUGCCGUUCAUCCGCAGUCCUACGGUACUCCUUUCGUUGUUCGAUCAGCAGAAAAGGAUCAUCAAAAGAACGGCAAUGGACAUGGAUUUGAAGAGCAGUCCAAUGGAAAGUCAUAUCCGCAACAACAAAAUGGCUGGGUGGAUCAACAGGCCAGCUCCAGCGGUAGCAACAAAAAUGGUAAUGGAUGGAAGAACGGGAACGGAGACAUGUAUGCCACCAGCUACGUCAAACAGAAAAACUAUUAG